AGGAGGAGAAACGAAAGUCUGGAAGGCGCCGGGCUGUACCAGAGGGUUGCGUGGGAAGUUCCACUCCGCUGCCCGGCCAUGGGGUCUCUCCGCGAUGUCGAAGCGCGGGGCCUGGACACCUUCCACGCCUGCCACCUGCAGCCCAACGAGGACUUUCUCCGCAAGGCGCGCGGGGCCGUCAAUGACAUCUGCGACUUUCUCAAGGCGCGCUGCUUCCAGGAUGCGCCCUGGGGCGGCACCCGGGUGCGGAAGGUGGUCAAGGGAGGGUCACUGGGAAAAGGCACAUCAAUGAGAAAUGGGUCAGAUGCUGACCUGGUGCUGUUCUUGAACAUCUUCGAAAGUUACACAGACCAGGAAAAGGAUCGGAAGAUGAUCAUCCAGGAGAUGAAAAGGCAGCUCAGCAAAUGCCAGAAGGAGAUGUAUUGGGAAGUUGACUUUGAGCACUCCCCUCAUGCCAACCCUCGUGUGCUCCAGUUCACGCUACAUUCACGAGAGACAGGGGAUUCUGUUCAAUUUGAUGUCCUGCCGGCCUACGAUGCCCUAGGCCAGUAUCAUCGAUCCAGGCCUGACCCUCAGAUAUACGUCAAUCUGAUCCGCACAGGCAGGUGUGGCGAGUUCUCUUCCUGCUUCACAGAGUUGCAAAAGAAUUUCAUAGUGGACCGUCCCACCAAGCUGAAGAACCUGAUCCGCCUGGUGAAACACUGGUACAAAGAGGUGCAAGAAAAGUCAUUCCCCCCCAAGUAUGCCCUUGAGCUACUAACUGUCUACGUCUGGGAGAAAGGAAGUAGAGAGACCAAAUUCGACAUGGCGAGGGGUUUCCGUACAGUGCUUUGGCUCAUUGAGAAAUAUAAGGAGAUUCGCAUCUAUUGGACAACAUACUAUGAUUUUGAUAAUGAGACCAUCAAGAGAUACUUACAGACCCAGCUCUCUAAAAACAGGCCAGUGAUCCUUGAUCCAGCAGAUCCAACUGCAAAUGUUGGAGAGGGAAAACGCUGGGAUCUGCUUGCAAAAAAAGCAAAAGCUUGUGCUUCCAUGAAGUGGUGUCGGAACCCGGAUGGUUCUUUCGUUGAACCCUGGAAUGUGCCGCUGGCAGUGGAAGUGCCUCAGGAAGAAGGAUGGUGCACUCUGAUAUGAUCCUGCGUGGAUCUGAAACGCUGGGGUGGAAGCAGUGAAUGGCAGCGCGCUCUCUUUGGCUUUUAAUGCUGCUUCAGGGGCUGAAAUUUAUGGGACAAUCAGGAAUUACAUACCGAGCUAAAGAAACAAUCUGAAAUGGAUGAAGAUGUGAUUUUAAAAUUUCGAGGAAUUCAAGACAUGGAAGAAAUACAGUGGGGCAUAUAGGGGGGGAGCGGGGGUGGUAGGGAAUGGGAUCCAAUAAUAAAAUCCAGCUUUGAUUUGCA